UCGUAAUUCGACAUGGUGUUCGUGGUGAUUGUGUUUGUGUUGUUACACUUCACUGUAAAGCAGGUGGCGGCAGAAGAGGUCCAGUGCCCCGGUGUGUGUCAAUGUCAAAAUGAGACAGUGGCCUUAUGUCGAGAUCGGAAAAUUUCUUCAAUUAAUAUUGCAAGAGAAGGACGUUUAGGAAGUGUUGUAAAGGCGCUUGACUUCUCUGGAAACAAACUGUGUUCGUUAUCUGAUAAAAUGUUCUCCGUCUGCGACGUCUUGCUUUUGCAGUAUCUUAACCUAUCUAGUAACCAUAUUACAUACAUAGGGAAAUUUUCAUUCACUGGACUUACAGAACUUGAGGACCUGGAUCUGUCGAGAAAUAACAUAUCUUCAAUUGACGGAGAGGCAUUUUAUGCUAAUUUGAAACUUUCAAUUGUGCGGCUCGCGAAUAACCGAUUGACUGAAAUAAACGAAACCGUUUUCAGCCCACUGAUCCGUCUUAAGUAUUUGGAUUUGUCGAAUAAUAAGAUAUCUUCAAUUCAAAAGGAAAUGUUUCACAGCAAUACAGAUCUUGAGUGGUUGAGCUUGACCAACAACAGUUUAACUGCAAUUGAUCCCUCGACCUUCCAGCAACAGAGCAACCUUACGUAUCUAGAUCUGUCAGGGAACAAGAUUACGCAAAUUAAAAGAGGAAUGUUUUAUAACAACAUGGAACUUGAAUCACUGCUCUUAGGUGACAAUAAAAUUUCCGAACUUCACCCAUCGGCAUUUCAUGCAGAUUGUGGGCUUUCUUACUUAGAUGUUUCAGGAAACCUAAUAGAGAAACUUGAGAAUUUAACAUUUUAUAGGUUGAAAUUUCUGUCCAUUUCAAGAAAUAAAUUGCAACGCCUUCACUCACGAAGCUUUUGUAACUGCAGUGAACUACGUAAUCUGUCCCUGUCUGACAACGACAUUUCCGAAAUUAAUGAUGAAGCAUUUUAUGGUCUCUGGCAGCUGGAAUACUUAGAUUUGUCUAGUAACAAUAUUAAGAACAUCAGCCUAUCUAUUUUCCAGGGUAUGGUAUUGCAGAUGGAAGGAAACAUGACUAAAAGCGACUCUAUGUCCAACCUUACCUAUUUGAAACUAUCUAAGAAUAAAAUACAUUAUUUUCCUUUUAAAGAAUAUCUUUCUUUAACCGACUCAUGUCAUACUUCCACGAAAUUAUGUAAAUUGGACUUGAACGGAAACUGUUUAUCAGUUUUAGAUGAUGAAUCAGUGAAUGUUCUGGGGAAUUCGACAGUCCUGACAGAGCUUUCAGACAAUCCAUGGUCUUGUAAUUGUUCAGAAGAUUCCUCAGAGAGAGUCUAUAGAAUGUUAAGUGGUAACAGGACAUUAAAGUGUGCGACUCCAGAAUACUCGAAAGGGAAGAGUUGCAGUGGCGUGAAGCAUACUUGUCUUAGCACCACUUCUACACCGGGAACUGAUAGUUCUGUUGAGACUGAAGCGGAUGAAAAUUUGGAAGAAAAUGAAGACGAAAAUCCAAAACUUUUAACAAACCCUGAAUCGGAAACAUUCCCAACAAAAAUUCUACUAUUUGUAAUUUAUGUAAUCUCAAUGCUUGUAGCAAUUGUUAUAGUCCUCGUUAUUUCCCGCGCUGUUGGUAAGCCUGAACCGGACGAGUAUUGGUGGGAGGAUAAAUUAGCGAAACGGAAUUAUUAUUGACAACUGUGUUCAGUUAAUUGUAUUUUGUUUUGCUGCAAAGCUUCUGUUUGUGGAUUACGAGGUGUUGCAAUAUAAUAAUUGAUGUGGUGCUUUUGCACAGGAAGUGUCAACCCUGGUAGUCUUUUCAGAUUGGUUCGCAUGUCUAGCCAAUUUAGAAGUUGUAUUU